GAACCACGUGUUUUACUUCUAUACAACACUUUUCAUUGCCAAGCCGAAAGUAUUUCAUUCAGUUAGAUUGAGUUAUUUAAGAGCAUGAUCUGGUUUUAUGUCUAACAGUUGCAUUGAAUAAGUUGACUAGUAAAGGUGACCAAAUAUCUCAACAUUGCACGGUUCUUCAAAUUUCUGUAGUAUUUUGUGCAACUUUAACAUUUCUAAAAACCAAUAAUAUGAAUUCUAAUAAAAAUCAUCACCCUGACUAUAAUCCUAACAUUCAGAUAAAGUCUGAGCCAGGUAUUGCAUCUAAUGAUGCAUCUGCACCUACACUGGAAAUUAGUUCAUUGAACAAUGUUCAAAUAAAAGCUGAACCUGGAACGGAAAACAAUAUUUCAUCUACCUCGUCUUCAAUAAACUCAAAUUCAUUAAACAAUAUAAAAAUAGAACCAAGCCUCUUCAGAAGUUCUACAAGACUACCUUCACUUAGAGGACCUAGAGAUUUGACAUUAGGAGGGAAUGUGAAAUUGGAAAAACAAAAAAAAGUCUUUACCCCAAAUUUAAAUGUUACAAGAAAUAAAAAUAGAGAAAAUCCAUAUACCAACAAUGAUAACACCUCUAAACUCAAAAAAGAAAAAUUCAAUGACAAAGAUAAAAGGCAAGAUAAAUUAAGAGAAAGAGGUAGAGGACGAGGGAGAGGAACAAAUAACCUUGUGCAGUCAUCUGGCAUUUUCAGUGAAGGAUUAUCCGAAUCCUUGACAGCCAAAAGACCUGGCUAUGCCGGAGCAACAUCUGGUAGGUCUAGUGAUGGUUUUGGAUAUCAAAGAGGAUCAUCAUCUUCAUUUGCCAUACAAAAAUCAACAAUUUCUGAAGUAGACAAUAAUGCAGAAGAAGAAGGUUCAAAUGAUGAGUUUGAUGAUUUCAAAAUGGAUUAUAAAGAUAGUUUUGUUUCUCUACCAAUUACAAAUAAUGCUAAACAACAUAAUGAAGUAAUAGGAAAUAAUUUAGUCAAACAUAACAGUGAUACAGAAUUAAAAGCUGAUAAGCUAAAAACUAAAUUACAAGAAAUUAAAGUGACAGAUAAAAGUCCUAAAUUGACUGUAUCACAAGUAAUACAGGAUCAAACAGAAAAUUCCUAUAAACUCCUACAGUUCCCACCUUGUUUACCAGGACUACCAACUGAGGAAAUUGAUAAAACUGAUAAAACUGAUAAAAAUGAUAAAACUAAUAAGAAAAAUAACAACUGCACCGUCAGUUCAUUGAAGGAAGGAGUCUUAGGUAAAAUACAAGUGUUGAGAUCUGGCAAGGCUCGCUUAGUUUUAGGAGAAAAUAAUCUCAUAAUUGAUAUAGGAACAUCUACAAGUUUUAGACAGGAUUUGAUUGCUGCUAAAAUAAAAGAUGAUAAGUCAAGCGGAACAUUAGUUAAUCUUGGUACUGUCGACAGUAAACUUAUCUUAACAGUUGACUGGGAGACCAUAUUAAAAAAUUGUAAAUAACAAUAGUUAAAUCAGUCAAUACCUUAUAGUAUGAAUAAUUUUUUCUUUAAACAAUUAAGAAAUGAUGUUAAAUAUUUUUUAAGAUAAAAUGAAUUUUACAUGUAUUAUAUUUAUUAGAACCGAAUAAAAGGAUUUAGGAUUUAAAAUCAGAA